GUCGUUCGGUUCUUGAGUAAUCAGCAGUGGGAGGAGCGGUAAAGAAGUUCUGUAGAUUUUUCCUAGGUCGGACGUAAUUUUAAUGCUGCACACGUGGGAACAACGAUGGCCACAUGUGGAGCAGAGAGUGAAGUUCUGGAUGAAAAAGAUGAUCCCGGUGCAGCACCAUACGGCAAUUUUAUAAACUAUUACACAUUUAACCCACCAGAGAACCGUCUAAGCCUCAUUCCGACCACACUUAUUCAGGAUUUGGGGUAUGGCAAGGACAGCAGUGAAACCAUAUUGAUGCUGGAUGUCGGUUGCAAUUCAGGGGACCUGACAGUGGCAUUGUACAGACACCUUCAACAGAAAGUCUUGUCUGAAGACUCUACAACACCACCCGACACUGAUCUCCAACUCCUCGGCUUCGACCUGGACGAAACCCUGAUCCUCCGGGCCCAACAGACCAACCCUUUCCCCCAGAGCAUCUCUUUCAUUCCCUUAGACAUCACUGAGGAUGCUGCUAGCCAGACCCAGCUACAGGACUACCUGAGACAACAUGGCGGCUUCCGCUUCCACCUCUCCCUGUGCCUGGCUGUUACCAUGUGGGUCCACCUGAACCAUGGAGACGCUGCCCUACUGGGGCUCCUCUCCCGGCUGGCCUCCAUCAGCCAACAUCUCCUCCUGGAGGCCCAGCCCUGGAAGUGCUACCGUUCGGCUGCCCGGAGGCUGAGGAAGCUAGGGCGGUCUGACUUUGACCACUUCAAGGAGUUAAAUAUCAGAGGAGAUGUGGCAGAACAAGCCAGGGAACACUUAGAGAAACACUGUGGGAUGGCACUGAUGCAGUGUUUCGGUAGUACCAGCUGGGAUCGUAGACUGCUCCUCUUUAGGAGAAGAGAGACGGUUGACCUACAUUUAUCCCAGUAGAUAUGUUAUGAUGAUUUUCUUAAUGGAGUAAUCUGAAAACAUUUGAAAAUGGUCUUCCUUGACAAUGAAGUGACAAGGUCCUGAGGAAAUAUGUAUGUGUGCAGAGAAGGAACUCCAAGUUCCUUAGCCUCCUUCACAGCCAGCUCAAGUUCCUUAGCCUCCUUCACAGCCAGCUCAAGUUCUUUAAGUGCAGUGAAGGACCAGUAUGUUGAUUGAACACUAGGAGGCAAUAAUACUCUGUUACUACUUGUAUUACCACCAUACCUAGUCUAUGCUUUCAGCUAAGCAAUUAACAGAUUUUCUUCUUAAUAGUGUAUAUGUUCUGGCAAACAAUUAUGAAUGAACUGUGUGUGUGUGUAUGAGAAAUGAAUUUAAUAUUUUAUUUUUGGGGAUGUUUAAAAAUAAGAAUGAAUAAAGCCCAUGAAUUUACUA